AUUGCAUUAACGCUGGCGGAAGCUACUAGAAACGCUCGCUGUUACGAUUAGCUUGGAGGACGCCGGUGCACGACGUUUCAUUUACAUUAACACAACUAAAUCUAUUUAAAUGUGUCGCGUCACUUAGAAGUGAUCGUUGCUGUAUCGGAAAUGUUUUCUUUCUCGUCUACAGUACAGCCGCAGGUCACGGUUCCACUGAGUCACCUGAUCAACACCUUUCACUCUUUAAAAGGUUCAGUGGUCAAUCCAAAGCACAGAGAAAGGAGAACAGAGCAAGAGCUUCACGUCACAGAGCCAUCAUGGAGCCUCAAAGAUAUGGGACUGACCGAUCUGGGAGUGGGACAGCUGGACGAACUUGUGGACAAACUGCUGCCGUGUGAAACUCAGGACAUGUCUUUGAAAGCCCACAGAGCUGAAUCACACCCUUGGAGGACAUCCUAUCUGUCCACUGACUCCUUUUAUCACAACAAAUAUGGUUUGUCUCCAGCCAAGAUGGGAGCCGUAUCGCCGUUUUUUUGCAGACAGAGCCCUUCAUCUCUACAGGCCAUGUGUGCCGAUCUGAACGUCUGGCCAGUCUUGAUCCAAAGACGAGGCUUUAAAACCCUGAAGACCAAAACGAGGCGUCUGCAGAGCGGCUCUGACCAUUCACCAGAGACGGACACGCUCACUCCAUCUUUUAUAAAGGGUUUACUCAAGCGGGACAAAGGUCAACUUCCCGAGACUUUAGACACUAUUCUCAAAAGCAGAAACAUUCCCGACGCAAGUCACGACGCUUUCAAGACAGGUUUCGCAGAGGGCUUUCUGAAAGCUCAGGCUCUCACACAGAGAACACAAGAGUCGUUACGGCGAACACGGCUGAUCCUGCUGAUCCUCUUGCUGGUUGGAUUGUACGGACUCUCCAAAACGCCGUUUCUAUCGGUGCGAUUCCGAACCACAUCAGGCCUGGAUUCGGCAGUGGACCCUGUGCAGAUAAAAAACAUCACCUUCGAGCACGUGAAAGGAGCUGAGGAGGCCAAGAACGAGCUGCAGGAGGUAGUGGAGUUCCUCAAGAACCCGCAGAAGUUCACAGUCCUAGGAGGGAAACUCCCUAAAGGGAUUUUGUUAGUCGGACCUCCAGGGACGGGGAAAACUCUGCUGGCACGCGCAGUGGCAGGGGAAGCUGAUGUGCCUUUCUACUACGCAUCCGGAUCAGAGUUUGACGAGAUGUUCGUCGGGGUCGGAGCAAGUCGCAUCAGGAACCUUUUCCGGGAAGCCAAAGCAAACACUCCGUGCGUGAUCUUCAUCGACGAGCUCGACAGCGUCGGAGGGAAGAGAAUCGAGUCUCCCAUGCACCCUUAUUCCAGGCAGACCAUCAACCAGCUUCUGGCUGAGAUGGACGGAUUUAAACCAAACGAAGGCGUGAUCAUUAUCGGUGCUACAAACUUCCCUGAAGCUUUAGAUAGCGCCCUGAUCCGGCCGGGACGCUUCGACGUGCAGGUCACUGUCCCACGACCCGACGUGAAGGGACGGACGGAGAUCCUGAAGUGGUACCUCAAAAACAUCAAAGUAGACCCAGCCGUGGAGGCCGAGAUCAUCGCCAGAGGGACGGUGGGUUUCUCCGGAGCCGAGCUGGAGAACCUGGUGAACCAGGCUGCUUUGAAGGCUGCUGUUGAUGAGAAAGACAUGGUGACCAUGAAGGAGCUGGAGUUCGCCAAGGACAAAAUCCUGAUGGGCCCCGAGCGCAGGAGUGCAGUGAUCGAUCAGAAAAACCAAGUGAUCACGGCCUACCACGAGUCAGGACACGCCAUCAUCGCACACUACACCAAGGACGCCAUGCCCAUCAACAAGGCUACCAUCAUGCCGAGAGGCGUCACACUGGGUCACGUGUCCAUGCUGCCAGAGAACGAUCGCUGGAGCGAGACCCGAGCUCAGCUUCUGGCUCAGAUGGACGUCAGCAUGGGGGGCCGCGUGGCCGAGGAGCUCGUUUUCGGAAACGAAAACAUCACCACAGGUGCAUCCAGUGAUUUCGAAAGCGCUACAAAAAUCGCCAAGAUGAUGGUGACGCAUUACGGCAUGAGCGAAAAGCUGGGUGUCAUGACGUACACAGAUCUGUCGAAGCAAAGCCCAGAGACUCAAGCAGCCAUCGAACAGGAAGUCAGGACACUUCUGAGAGAUUCGUACGAGCGCGCUAAAACUCUCCUGAAGGCUCGUGCGAAAGAGCACAAGAACCUGGCUGAGGCUCUGCUGAGGUACGAGACGCUGGACGCCAGAGAGAUUCAGAUGGUCUUGGAUGGGAAGACGUUGGACAGCAGAUGAGUCUCUCUCUCUGUGUGUGUGUGUGUGUGUGUGUGUGUGUGUGUGCGAGAGAGAGAAUGUACAUAAACAACAAAACAUCCUAGCAAGCUUCACCUCCUUUAUGUAUGUAAAGCUGAACAAAACACACGUGUUUAAAUCAACACUUCUCCUUAAUUCCUGCUCACCUGAAGGCAUUUCUAACUACAUUCUCCACAGUGGAGAGGUGACGAAUGUCGAGAAAAGGUGAUGUGUAAUCGCCGCUCACGGCGGCCAUCGACGCACUUUGUAGGUAUAAUGACAGCGGUGCGUGUUCAGAGUACACGCUGUCACGUGAAGAUACAUAAAACAUUUUCAUUUUCAACAUGGCACAACAUGCUGGAUCACUUACUCAGAAUUCCAGAUCGAUAUGCAGAUCAACACGGAGAACCUACACGAUUGUUCAUAAUAACGUGACCAAAGAAAGGGUCAGACAUAGUAGAAAUCAGAAUCAGGUGACGUAUAGCUGGAAAAAACACAGUCGCAAGGUCUGAAAAUGUCAUUUCAUAUAGUCCUCACUUCCACCAGUCCGUAAAAGUAAAAUAAGAGGCGAUAUAUCUUUAAAAAUGUAUAUAUGCUGUAUUACAUAUUGGGGGAAAACAAUAUAUAAAACCCAUCCACAGUCCUAAAGCCUGCUGGUUAUCUCUGUGUUGAUGCAUUAGUGAAAUAAUACUUUAUCCUUAAAGCUAAAUUCAGUUUGGUUUGGUCAACCCCUUAUGUUUGGUUCUGUCUAUAUCAAUAAACUCACAAUAUAUUGCAAAAUUUUAGCUUUGUAUAUAGAUGUAUAGAAGAAUGUAAGCUUGGGGUUUGAUGGAUUUUUAUUUAAAAUGUUUUUUAAAUUGUGCAUCAUGAACGAGUGGAAAAAAACGAAUAAAAAAUGAUGAUAAACUGA